GGUUUGGUUGACCACAAAUAUUAGCUGAGAGAGGAAACAUCCAGACAACCAGGACCUUCUGUUCGCACACAGUUUUAUUAUUUCCCCGAUUUAACUCAUCUUCAUGUCCGCGGCUCUGACAGCUGACCCCCGGUCAGUUAUCAUCCUGCUUUAAUUCAAGGAGCCACUCGUCUCCACCUCCACCGAGCUGCUCAGGAGGCCAUUUUAAUAUCUGCCGUAGGCAGGAGGAGGCAUUGUUGAUCGCUGUCUUCUGUUACCCAUCUGAUUAUCCACAUUCUGUUUGAACCACAACCUUGUGAGGAUGAAGGACCGAUUGGCGCAGCUGAAGGAGAAGAGUGAUGCUGGAGGAGACGACAUUGCGGUCCCUGUGGAGAAUGAGGCUUUUAUGGAUGAUUUCUUUGCUCAGAUUGAAGAUAUCCGCAUCAGCAUCGACAAGAUUGAUGAGAGCGUCACAGAGAUCAAAAAAGUCUACUCCACCAUCCUGUCAGCCCCGACAUCUGAUCAGAAAACACAGGAUGACCUUGAAGCCCUCACCAAUGAAAUCAAGAAGUCGGCCAACAACGCUAGAAACAAACUGAAGAGUAUUGAGCGCCAGCUGGAGUCAAACACAGAUGAGAGGGCCUCAGCUGACCUCAGGAUACGCAAGUCACAGCAUGCUAUUCUGGCCAAGAAGUUUGUAGAGGUGAUGACAAAGUACAACGAGGCUCAAGUUGACUUCAGAGAUAAGAGCAAAGGACGAAUCGCCCGACAGCUGGAGAUCACUGGGAAAGCAACGACUGAUGAGGAACUGGAAGAGAUGCUGGAGGGAGGAAACUCAGCCGUCUUCACUGCUGGGAUUACGGAGUCUAAAAUCAACCAGCAGGCCCUGAAUGAGAUUGAGGCUCGUCACAAAGACAUCAUGAGGCUGGAGAGCAGCAUCAAAGAGCUCCACGACAUGUUUGUUGAUAUCGCCAUGUUGGUUGAGAACCAGGGAGGCAUGAUUGACAGGAUUGAGAGCAACAUGGACCAGUCGGUGGGCUUUGUAGAGAGGGCAGUGGCCGAUACCAAGAAAGCAGCCAAAUUCCAGCAGGAGGCGCGCAGGAAACAAAUGAUGAUCUUCUGCUGCUGUGUGAUUCUGGCCAUCAUCCUCGGGUCAUUUGUCUACAGCUUCAUCAAAUAGAAAACCUGCAUGAGGCUGCUCACCAGCUGAAUCCACGCAGUAGAGGAUGUUCUCAGGUGGUCACAAAACACAGCAGGGCUCACUUCACUGUCGUUUCAACUCAUUCAAAAUAGAAAUUAACCUUCUCAGGGUGCUCCACAUGUAAAUUCAGGUUCAGUGCAGUUUCCCCUCAGUAUCCACUCUCCUGUCCUGAAAGGUCUUCGUAAAAAUCUUAACAUGACCCCACAGCAUUUAAAUUGAAUUUAUCUGCCUCAUACAUAUUUAGGUGAGCAUUCAUGGAUGGCUGCAGAAUUUAUAGAGGGCCAUAUGAUGGCAGCGUUAAACAAAGCAGGGGUUAAAAAUCAGUCACCCUUCAAU